AUGCCUGAUAUCAGUUAUACUUAUACAGGAAUGACAGUUAUCCGUGUAGGCCUUUUGCUCGAUCUCGAACUCUGCAGACUGAACCACGAAAAAAUCACUACAAAGGAAUAUAGUGAGAUCGCUCUCUUUACGUCUCUCGUGCAGAGAGCUUUCUCAGAUCCCGACUCCAUUCCUGUAGCAAGAAAUCCACAAAUAAAGCCUUGGCAGAUCCCGAAUCCUGUGUCCGCCGUUCCUUGGCAGAUUCCCAUACCAAGUAGCGAGACGCCUUUCUCCCUCUGGUAUCCGGCCUCAGCACGUGGUCAGCCUAAUCACUGGAUGGCUAAUUUGCCUUCUGAAGGAGGAGCGGCUGAUUCCGUGACGAUGGAACAACCAAUAGCCGAAGCAAGCAGAUCAAAUAUGCAAUCAAUCCGUUUGCCUUCGACUCUGAAACCACUUCAUUAUUUGGUCAAACUUCAGCCUUUCAUCAACGGUAACUCCAGCGUCUUCGGUUACGUGGAGGUGGAGAUGGAGGUCCUGGAACCGACCUUCAACGUCACACUCCAUAUGGCCGACAUUGUCACUAAGAAAGACUCUGUUAAGAUAUCAAACCAUGAUGAUCCUGGAGCUCUAGCACUGGGGAUCAAGAUGCAACAGUAUGACCGCGAGCGUCAGUUCUAUAUCGUCCACCUGGAGGAGGAGCUGCAGAAGGGGAAGAAGUACGUCUUGGCCAUGGAUUUUAUCGGCUACCUAAACGACCAGCUGCGAGGCUUCUACAAGACCACCUACACUGAUGCUGACGGUAUGGAAAAGAAUCUAGCGACAACGAACUUCAAGCCCUCCCACGCCCGCCGCGCGUUUCCAUGCUUCGACGAGCCCGCGCUGAAAGCCACCUUUGAAAUCUUCCUGGCGAGGGAAACCUGGAUGACGUCGGUGGCCAACAUCCCUCACAGCGAAACUCUACCAGUAGAAGGUAAACACGGAUGGCAAUGGGAUCGCUACCAGGAGACCUUUCCCAUCUCCACCUUCCAAGUCGGCUUCCUGGUGUCCAGCUUUGCCCAUCUGAACUCCACUGGAAACGACCACGUUGUCUUCCGAGACCACAUGCUUUACCAUCCGGAAAUCUCAAGCACAAGGGACCAAGAGCAAGUCACACACGCUGUUGCCUACGCGUUGGCGCAGCAGUGUCUCGGGGACGUUCUCGCUCCCGAAUGGUGGGAUGAUGUGGCUCUCAACCAGGGACUUGCUAUGUUUAUGGAGUACACAAGCGUGGAACUUACAGAACACGUUGAAAUGCUCGUGCUUGACAUGUUCCCUCUGCAGCUCGAGCCCGACUGGAAGGCGAAGGAGGAUUUCGUGGUGAGCCAACUCCACCCGGCCUUGGCUCUGGACUGCCUGGAAGCGGCGCACGAAGUCAUCGCUCUAGUGCCUCACCCGGAGGAAGUCAGCGAACUCUCCGACGCUAUUGCCUAUGGGAAAGGUCUCGAUCGCUUUAUCCUUUUUAAUUCAUUCAAGAAUGUCACUUCAAAAUAUGACGAUCUCUGGGAGAGUCUGACAACAACUGCGCAUCUAGACAAUGUACUGCCAGAGAAUACGACAGUUAAGAUGAUAAUGGAUACAUGGACUUCGCAAAAAGGUUACCCUGUCAUUAAGGUAAACAGGAGUCCGGACGGUACCUCGGCUACCAUCACGCAGGAACGUUUUCGGCAGGUGAGGAACCCCGAAGAGAUCCCCGAGAUCAAGUGGUGGGUUCCCCUGACGUACACGACCCAGAGCGACGUCACUUUCAAUCAGACUCUGGCUACGGUGUGGAUGAAGGACUCGGAGGACAGCAUCACUAUCACGUCCCUUCCCCCGAAGGAAGAGUGGGUCAUCUUCAACCUGCAGGAAUCGGGUUACUACAGAGUCAACUACGACGAUUCCAACUGGGACACCCUCAUCCAGCAGCUGAAGGACGACCACGAGGUCAUCCACGUCAUCAACCGAGCGCAGAUCAUUGAUGAUGCCAUGAAUCUUGCUAGAGCAGGUCAGCUCAGUUACGAGACUGCACUGCACAUACUAUCUUAUCUCAAAAAUGAAACUGAAUAUCUUCCCUGGUCGGCUGCCCUGAACAGCUUAGAUUACCUAGACUCCAUGUUAGGAGCGUCAAUGGACCGCGGUGCUAUAAAGAGUUUCCUCUUGGAUUUGGUGAUGCCCCUGUACAACUCUCUGAGGCUUACCAACGAAACAGAAGACUCUCGUCCUGUGCAACAUUUACAAGAAUUAGCUGUGUAUUGGGCUUGCAGGCUAGGCCACCCCCAAUGUCUAGAUGACGCCGUCACCACCUACCAUGUGUGGAUGGAAGUACCUAACGACAAAAGCAUCAUCUCGCCCAUCGUGAAGUCAUCAGUGUACUGCCACGCCAUCGCAGAAGGUGGAGCGACUGAAUGGGCUUUUGGUUGGAAUCAAUAUCUGAAGUCAAACGUCGCAUCUGAGAAAGCGAAACUUCUGUAUGGGUUGGGAUGCAGUAAAGAAGUUACUGUUCUUACUAGGUAUCUCGAGAUGGCUUUCCUACCCAACGGCGACAUAAGGAGGCAGGACUCCAUAAUAGUGUUUACGUCCGUCGCGAAAAAUGAGUUCGGACGCGCCUUAGCCUGGAGCUUCCUCAAGGACCGUUGGAAUGACGUCUUUACCUUUGAUAAGAGGCAGAGAGCGAAGAUGCUGGAGGAGUUCGCUUGCUUCUUCAAUACCAGGGAAGAUCUUCAGCAGUUGCAAUCAUUCCAGCAGGACAAGACAAAUGACAUGGACGAGAACCACCGAAGUGUCCAGCAGGUAGUAGAAAGGACGAGAAACAACCUUUUCUGGAUGACGUCCAACUACAACACAAUCGUGAAGCUGUUAGAGAUUGGCCAGGCCAUGAAAACAGGAGAACCGAGCCCUUAG